CAAUGCAUUAAAAAAUUUAAAUUAAAGCCAUGUGUAGUACACACCUGCCAUCUCAGCCUUUGGGAAGCCAAGGGAGGAGGUCUGCUGUAAGUUCAAGGCCAGCCUGAACUACACAGUGAGACCUGUCUCAAACCCCCACCCCCAUUAAAAUUUGUAAUAGCCAGGAGAAUAAAAGAAUAAUUUCUCCUUGCUCACUUAUUAAGUAGAAAUUACAUGCUGAAACUGUUUUAAGAUGGGUAAAAACGAGAUAUGGGCCAGAUUCCAAGCUGACCUGCUCAGCAUCUGCUUUCAUUUUCCCUCUACAAAGGACUCUACACCUUCUGUGGUCCCUGAGGUGCACAUACGCACACUGGGUGUGAGUGACAGCAUCCAUUCAGAAUGGACAGUCAGGGAUACAAGUGCAGCAUCUCCAGGUUUGGGCAGAGUUUUGUGCACUGCAACAUGGGCUGAGCCACAUCCUCUUCCUGUGGGCAAGGUCCUGCCUGCACGACACAGGGCAGUAACUGAGGGGAAACUGUUCCUUGAUUUCACUCACUGGAGGACAUUUGAGACUUGGGACUCAGGUCAUUAAAAUGAAAGCCCUCAUAUUUGCAGCUGCUAGACUACUGCUUCUGAUGGCCACUUUUGGUCAAAAAGGCAAGGAAAAUGACACCUUGGGAACACCAACUUCAACUAAUAAGACUUUUCCCGGAGCUCCCCUAAAUUCUUCUGUAGACUUUCCUCUUUCUGCCAGAGAAAGCUGGACAGGAGCCAAUGUAACUGUAAAAAUGAAAUGUCUUCAAGGAAAUGUUUCAAAUCUGCAUAUGAAUAGUGCUACCAUGGGGUACCUGAGAAGUUCCUUAAGUUCCAAGGUGAUACCUACCAUCUACCUGCUGGUGUUUGUGGUUGAUGUGCCAGCCAAUGUGACCCUGUGGAGAAUUUUCUUCAAGACCAACCACAGUAUCUUCCACACCAACCUGGCCAUCGCGGAUAUUCUCUUUUGUGCAACACUGCCAUUUAAGGUAGCUUAUCAUCUCAAUGGGAACUGUUGGGUAUUUGGAGAUAUCAUGUGCUCGACCAUCACAGUUAUCUUCUAUGGCAACAUGUACAGCUCUCUUCUGCUCCUCACCUGCAUGAGCAUCAACCGCUACCUGGCCACCAUCUACCCUUUCAUGUUCCAGAGGCUGUCCAAGCGCACCUUUGCUUUGCUAGCAUGUGGAUUGGUGUGGGCAACAGUUUUCUUAUACAUGCUGCCAUUUUUCAUCCUUAAGCAGAAGGAUUAUCUUGUCCAGCUGAAUAUCACCACCUGCUGUGACAUUCACAACACAUGUGAGUCUUCAUCUCCCUUCCAACUCUACCACUUAAUCUCCUUGACUUUCUUCAGAUCCUUGAUUCCAUUUGUGACUGUUAUUUACUGCUACACAAACAUCACCUGCAAACUUAAUGCACAUGAUCCUAAGCUGCUGAGGUAUAUCAAGGCAAUUCUCCUUGUCCUUGUGAUUUUUAACAUUUGCUUUGUUCCAAGCAAUAUUACAUUUGUCAUUUAUCAUGCUAACUACUAUUCCAACAACACUGAAGGCUUAUACAUUAGCUAUCUCACAGCGUUAUGCCUAGGUAGCCUGAAUAGUUGUCUAGAUCCAUUCCUUUAUUUUCUCAUGUCGAAAGUCAUAGAUCAGUUGGGGAGGUAGCUCAGUGGCAGGGCACUUUCUUCACAUGCUGGUCCCUGGGUUCAAUUUCCAGUAUUGUAGGGGAAGGAUGAGAGGGGGAGAAGCCCAGGUAAAGUUUUUAAAAAAAUCUAAAAGUUAAAAUAGACCAAAAGGUAAGGGAGGCAAUUCAUAUACAUAGAAAAAA